AUGACAGUGCUCGUCCCUGCCCUUCUCCUCUGUGCGCUCCUCCUGGCUCAGCAGCAGGGAGUGAAUGGGGUUCCACCACAGCUGAGAGGUCUCCACUGUAGGACAAGACCUACAGACCUGGUGUUCAUUGUUGACAGUUCCCGGAGUGUACGCCCUAAUGAAUUUGAACAAGUCAAGGUCUUCCUGUCCAAAGUCAUUGAGUCACUUGAUGUGGGACCCAAUGCCACUCGGGUUGGUGUCAUCAACUAUGCAAGUGCGGUCAAGAAUGAAGUGUCUCUCAAGACUCACCGUCUCAAAGCCAGCCUCCUGCAAGCCGUACGCAAGAUUGAACCCCUUUCCACUGGGACCAUGACAGGUCUGGCGAUCCAAUUUGCAAUAAACCGAGCAUUCAGUGAAGGUGAAGGAGCCCGAGUGCGAGCACCAGAGAUUAACAAGGUAGCUAUUGUCGUGACGGAUGGACGGCCCCAGGAUGCAGUGAAGGAUGUAGCAGCAAGGGCAAGAGCACUUGGUAUUGAAAUAUUUGCUAUUGGCGUAGGACGUGUGGAUAUGCACACCUUGCGGCAGAUAGCCAGUGAGCCUCUGGACGAGCACGUGGACUAUGUGGAGAGCUACAGUGUCAUUGAGAAGUUAACCAAGAAGUUUCAAGAAGUUUUCUGUGCUGUGUCAGACCUUUGUGCUACUGGAGACCAUGACUGCCAGCAGAUCUGUGUCAGUUCAGGAGCCUCCUACACCUGCGCUUGUAAAGAGGGAUUCACGCUGAAUGCUGAUGGCAAGACCUGCAGUGCCUGCAGCGGAGGGGCAGCCACUGAUCUUGUUUUCCUGAUUGAUGGUUCAAAGAGUGUGAGGCCUGAGAACUUUGAGCUGGUGAAGAGAUUCAUCAACCAGAUUGUGGAUUCUCUGGAUGUGUCAGAAAAAAAUGCACAGGUGGGCCUGAUCCAAUACUCUAGUACAGUCAGGCAAGAAUUCCCACUGGGGCAAUAUAAGAACAAACAAGACAUCAAAUCAGCGGUGAGAAGGAUGUCCUACAUGGAGAAAGGCACCAUGACCGGCCAAGCUUUGAAGUACCUAGUGGACAGCUCCUUUACCCCUUCCAGCGGAGCAAGACCUGGGGUCCCCAAAGUAGCAAUUGUAUUUACAGAUGGACGGUCACAGGACUACAUCAAUGAUGCUGCCAAGAAAGCCAAAGAACUAGGUUACAAGAUGUUCGCUGUUGGAGUCGGCAACGCUGUUGAAGAUGAACUUCGAGAAAUUGCCUCAGAACCAGUGGCCGAGCAUUACUUUUACACUGCUGAUUUUCGAACCAUUAAUCAAAUUGGGAAGAAGUUGCAGAGUAAAAUAUGUAUUGAGGAAGAUCCAUGUGAAUGUGAAGCUAUUGUGAAAUUCCAGAAAAAGGUUGACAACCUCAUAAAGGCAUUGACACGGAAACAUAUCCUUUUGACAGCUACUUAA